AAUGAUAGACGACUCGUUGGAAAUUCGCCGGCGGCGAGAGGCGAAAUGUUAUUUAGGCGAUCUCCCGGGAUCAGUCUCGGCUCUGCUUAUCGCCACCGAAAUCGCCAAGAGAUUAAAUGCGAUUUGCGCGCAAGUCAUACCAUUCUUAUCACAAGAGCAUCAGCAGCAAGUAGCAGCGGCUGUGGAGAGGGCUAAGCAGGUCACUAUGCAAGAAUUAAACGCCAUUAUUGGGCAACAAAUGCAAGCACAACAUGCAGCCACCCAUGGUGCGGCACCGCACGUUCCUUUAGGACCCCCGGGUGUUAGUACGGCUUCGGCAUUACUCGGCCUAUUGCCCGGAGCCCACUUACCCCCAGGAUUGAAACCUGAAUUGCCAAACUCCGGUGCAGCUCCGGCCGCAAAUUCUGCAGCUAGCUCCGCAUCGGCGGAUAAAGGUGAAAAGAGAAAAAAAUAA